CAAUUGCAAUUCUUCAUGCUUGAAUGGCUGAUAUUUUGCUGGCUUUUGGACAAACUCUAGGGUAGUACAAAAGCAACACUACUAGUGGCAGCUCCAGGCGCCAGUCCAGACCCAGCAGCUCAGCAGCCUGAGCUCCCAUCGAUACCUUAUUUUUUAGGCGCUAAUCUUAGAUGGGCUGGUAGUGCAACGCGACUUCGAGCCUCUGUUUAAUCGCGGGCCCAAACGAGACGCGUCGCAUCGCAUGCUGGCAGCGCAUUAGCACUUUAUUGAUUUUGCGCAAACUCCCGGCAGAAUCUCAAAUCCGCAGCCUCCUCGUCCCUUGGAUGUUGCGCACCGGCGCCCGCGCAGCCUACCAUGUAUAUCAAGCAAAUCAUCAUCCAGGGCUUCAAAAGCUACAAGGACCAAACGGUCAUUGAGCCCUUUUCCCCCAAGACGAACGUCAUCGUCGGCCGUAAUGGAUCGGGAAAGAGUAACUUCUUCGCGGCGAUUCGCUUCGUCCUCAGCGAUGCAUACACUCAAAUGAGCCGUGAAGAGCGCCAGGGUCUUCUCCACGAAGGCUCAGGCUCGGCCGUCAUGUCGGCCUAUGUUGAGAUUAUCUUCGACAACAGCGACGAUCGAUUUCCGACCGGAGGCAAGGAAGUUGUGCUGCGACGUACCAUUGGUCUCAAGAAGGACGAAUACUCAGUGGACCGCAAGGUUGUGACCAAGACAGACGUCACCAACCUGCUGGAGGCGGCAGGCUUUUCACGAUCUAAUCCGUACUAUAUUGUGCCCCAGGGCCGUGUCACUGCCUUGACGAACAUGAAGGAGUCUGAGCGAUUGAACCUGCUCAAAGAAGUUGCGGGUACCCAAGUUUACGAAGCCCGCCGCGCCGAAUCACUCAAGAUUAUGAAUGAGACGAACAACAAGCGAGAGAAGAUUGAUGAGCUUCUUGAGUAUAUCAAGGAGAGACUGGCAGAGCUAGAGGAGGAAAAAGAAGAGCUGCGUGGUUUCCAAGAGAAAGACCGAGAGAGGAAAUGUCUGGAAUAUGCCUACCACCACAGGGAGCAAACCACUGUCCAGGCCGCCCUAGAGGAAAUUGACAGCGCUAGGCAAGACGGCCUUGAUAAUGCGGACACGAGCCGCGGCCAGUUCCUGGAAGGAGAAAAGGCCAUCUCCAAGAUCGAUGUCGAAAUUCACAAGCUGGAAAGAGAAUUGGAGCUUCUACAAAUCGAUCGACGCCAGCAGGAGGAAGAUAGACGCGACAACGCCAAGAUGCUGGCCAAGGUUGAGCUGAAAGUAAAGAAUCUAAGAGAAGGACAGUCCGCCCUGGAACAGGCUCGGCAACGCCACGAUUCUGAACUCGCAUCUGUACAGAAUGAGAUUGCAGCCAAGGAAAAGGAGCUGUCGCGACUACUUCCAAAGUAUACACAAACAAAGAAUGAGGAAGAUGAGGUCAGAAGGCAGCUAGACGCCGUUGAGGCGCUAAGAUCACGUCUCUUUGCAAAGCAAAGCCGCGGCUCCAGAUUUAAGAAUCGCUCCGAGCGCGAUGCUUGGCUCAAACAGGAAAUUGAAGAACUCAGCUUGACCAUUAGCACUCAAAAGGCAAACAAGCUAGAUGCUGAUGAGGAGGUUGUUAGAGUGCAAAAGGCAAUCGAACAGGGCGAGAGCGAGGUUGCUGCACUGCGCUCACGUUUAGCCAACUGGAGUGGAGACCGAGGCCAAGUGGUAGACGAAGCUGCCCAGGCACGAGCGACACUGGAUAGAUUAAACGACGAACGAAAGCUGAUUCGACGAGAGGAUGACAAGCUGAACACUGUUAUUUCCAACGCUAGGCAAGAGAAAGAGCACGCUGAGAGAGAAUUAGCCCAUGCGGUAGAUGGAGCCACCGCUCGAGGUUUGGCCACCAUACGUCGAUUGAAGCAGGAGCAAGAUAUCCCAGGUGCCUACGGAACACUGGCAGACCUUCUGGAGGUCAGCGACGCAUACCGGCUACCUGUUGAGCAAAUUGCUGGCGCCAGCUUGUUCCACUAUGUCGUGGACAAUGCCGAUACUGCUACUUAUCUUGCAGACACCAUGUACAAACAGCAUGGCGGUCGAGUAACAUUUAUGCCACUGGCUCAGCUUCGUCCUCGCAAAGUCAACUUUCCAAAUUCCAAUGACGCAGUUCCCCUUUUGAGCAAGAUCAGCUACGACUCCAGGUUUGAGAAAGCAUUCCAGCAGGUAUUCGGCAAGGUUGUUGUAUGCCCUAACCUUGCCGUGGCUGCUCAGUAUGCCAGGAGUCAUGGAGUGGAUGGUAUUACUGCGGAGGGUGACACUUCCAACAAAAGAGGUGCCAUGACUGGUGGUUAUAUUGAUCCUCGAAAAUCGCGCCUUGAUGCUGUACGAGCCGCCAACAAAUGGAGAGAAGAGUUUGACCGGCUUGUUGAACAAUCCCGCGAUAUCCGUAGGCAGAUUGAGCUCAAAGACCAGGAAAUUACUGGCGCAAUGUCCGAAGUUCAGAAAUUCGAGCAGAGACUCCGACAAGCAGAAGAUGGCUUCGAGCCGUUGAAGCAUGAGCUUCGAAAUAGGUCCUCUCAUAUCGAAAACGAGAGGAACCGCCUUGAUGGGGCCAUCAGGAGGCGAGACGCAGUUGAGAAGAAUAUGAGCGGAUUCUUGCAAGAAGUUGCAGCCCACGAGGCUGAACUAGGAACAGACUUCAAGAAGACCCUUACGGCAGCUGAGGAGCGAGAGCUCGAGGGAUCAAGCCUUUCUGUCCAGCAACUCCAGAAGCAGUGGAAUGAUAUGAGCAACGCCCGGCGAGUUCUUGAAAGACAGAAGCAGCUGCUGGAGAUUGACUUGCGGCAGAAUCUACAGAUGAAGCUGGACCAGCUCAACAGCCAAGCCUUUGAAAACUCCGCCUCUGGUGGCGCUUCUGGCACCUUGAAAGAAACUGAGCGAGAAUUGAAAAAGGCCCAGAAAGCUUUGAAGGCCGUUGAAGCUGAUUUGAACGAGACCGAGGCCAAACUCGAUGAGCUCAAUUCUCGCUUGGAGCAGUUUGAAUCAGAAAAGGUCAAUCGUGAGCAGGUCCAGCUAGAAAUUUCCACGAGGAUCGAGAAACAGCAGAAGAGAAUGGAGAAGACACUGCAGCGAAAGGCUCUCUUGAUUUCACAGGCGGCAGAGUGCGCGAAGAAUAUUCGGGAGCUGGGAGUAUUGCCCGAGGAAGCUUUUGAUAAAUAUGAAAACAUGCAAGCCAACACCAUUACAUCAAAACUGAAAAAGGUCAACGAGGCACUGAAAAAGUAUAAGCACGUCAACAAGAAGGCCUUUGAGCAGUACAACAACUUUACGACUCAGCAGGAGCAGCUGAUGAAACGUCGAAAGGAAUUGGACGAUUCUCAAGGAUCGAUUGAAGAGCUCGUGGAGCACCUCGAUCGGCGAAAGGACGAGGCCAUUGAGCGUACCUUCAAGCAGGUGUCCAAGGAGUUUGCCACUAUUUUCAGCAAGCUUGUCCCGGCCGGUCAUGGUCGUCUGGUCAUUCAGCGAAAGACAGAUCGUCGCCAAGAUGCCGAUGAGUCAGACGAAGAAGCCAGAGGCAGCGUUGAGAAUUACAUUGGUGUUGGUAUUAGCGUGUCUUUCAACUCUAAGCACCUUGAUGAACAGCAAAAGAUUCAGCAGCUCAGUGGCGGUCAAAAGAGUUUGUGUGCUCUCUGCCUCAUUUUCGCACUGCAGCAAACCGAAAGCAGCCCUAUGGUUAUUUUCGACGAAGUUGAUGCCAAUUUGGAUGCGCAAUACCGUACUGCUGUUGCUUCUCUCCUCGAGUCCAUCUCCAAUGAGGCUGGCACGCAGUUCAUUUGCACUACUUUCCGACCCGAGAUUGUCCAUAUUGCAGACAAGUGCUAUGGUGUUACAUUCCGCAGCAAGACGAGUUCAAUCAACUGUGUGAGCACGGAAGAUGCUCUCAAUUUUGUCGAGGGACAGGCCAAGCCAAACUAGAAAGAAUACAUAGCGAGCGAAUGUUGGUAUAUCAUAGUAUGACGCUUGACUGAACUUCAGGUACUGCUGGCAUUUGAGACAACCUGGGGGAAAAAGGAAAAAAAUGGGAAGGGCGG